GACGCGGUGGAAUGUGAUGGUUUGAUCUGAAACGGGCCAGGGAGGGGAAUAUCCGAGAGGAAAGGACCGAGGAAAGUGAUUAAGGGAACGGGGGGAACCAAAAGACGCAUUCCCCCCAGCCGCCUCCAACUCUCCGCUUCUCUGUGAGGAUAUGUGGAUGAACUUGUCCUCUCCGAGUCGGCAGCAGCAGCAGCAGCGAGUCCUCCCGUCCGCACGAGCUCUCACCGUGUCAAGUUGUGGAUUUACCGCUGCGUUUUUCUCACCCGGCGGCGGAGCAGCUAAGGAUGGAGACUUUGGGAAGAGGAGCUUAACGUGCUACAGACAAAAGGAUGCAUCUGAAAUGUAAGAUGACAGAUUCGUCUGCUAAACACCGCUCUGAGGGAUCUUCAAAGUCUUAAAGCGACAGUGACAGACAGACCGCAGAGAGAGAAAGAGGAUUCUCCCCUGAAGGACUUGUUAACUCUACAACACAAAUGUGGACCUCCCAAAACAUUGUCAUCAAAUAAUCUGAACAACAAAACCAACACAACAGAUAAGACACAAAGAAUUUUGCAGCCAUGUCUGACCAUAAAGACAUGACGCACCGCCACCUGCGGCACAAGCUGCAGAGCCUCAGCCGAAGACUGGACGAACUGGAAGAAGCAACCAACAAGCUGCAGAAGUCUGAGGAUGAGCUGCUCGACCUGCAGGACAAAGUAAUCCAGGGAGAAGGCAGCAACUCAUCCCUGCUUGGAGAUGUGGAGGCCCUGAGGAAACGUCUCCUAAAGAUCCAGGGGAAGGAUGAGGAGGUACGCAAAGCCGAGGAUCUCUGCCGCACAGUCAGAGAGAAACUGGAAGAGGAGGAAAGCCUGACGAAAGAGCUGAAGGCAGAGAUCGAACGUCUACAACGGAGGAUGGCCGAACUGGAGAAACUGGAAGAAGCUUUUGGGAAAAGCAAGUCUGACUGCAGCCAGCUCUGUCUGAGCCUGAAUGAGGAGAAGAACUUGACCAAGAAGCUCUCGUCUGAGUUGGAGGCGCUCAAAGCACGUUUGAAAGAGGUGGAGGGUUCUGAGACGAAGCUGGACAGAGCUGAGCAGGCUUUGGCUAUGGAGCUUGAGAAACUCAAAGGAUUCACCCAAACCUUUAUGAGUGAGCGUAAGAGGCUACUGGAGAAGCAGAGAGAGGAUGAGAAGAUCAUAUUGAAGCUGACGGAAAAGUUGGAGCACCAGAAGAAUCGCCUCGGGAUGUCCGCAGACCCUGGUCGCACAGAUUUCUCGAGGUCACGAAUUGAGGAUGAGCUUUCAUCCACGGGGCUCCUCACCAGUAAACUGGCUGGACGCAAGAAGAGCCUUGAGUACUUGAAGUUGGCUGACGACAACAUCGGCCUUCUGAACAAAUCUGAGAAUGAAAAGAACAGCGGUCUGGAAGGUUUGCAGGAGGACAACAAAGUAAAGGAGCUGACACAGGAAGUGGAAAGGCUGAAGAAUCGCCUGAAACAGCUGGAGAUAGUGGAGGAGGAUCUGAAGAACUCAGAGUCAAAAAAUGGCGAACUUCAUGAGAAGUUCCAGAUUGAGCAAAACCGGGCUCGUCAACUGAGCGAUCAGGUGGAAGAGCUCAUGAUUAAGCUGUGCGGAAAAGGUGGAGUUGGAAGAAAUGGAACCAGUAAUGUGGAUAAACACGGCAACGGGAGAGGUAACAUUUGCCCCAACAGCCCCGCCAAGGUUCUAGAGAAUGGCAAAGCUGAGAAUGAAGAGAUUAUUGUGAAGGGUUUCAGACAAGAGAAGCCCAAACAUAGGAGUGCUGCAACCGCCUCAGAGCCGUGUUCCCCCAAACACAGGAACAGGGAGCUCUCUCCUCAGCAUAGGAGAGAGACCAAGCUGAGGAGCAAGGAGCCAAGCCACUCAGAGGAGAGCUCUCCUAAGUCUGUGAGGAGAGCUCUCAGUCCGGCUCACAAGAGCAGACGGACGCCCAAAACCCCAACUACUGCGAUUUCAUCCGAUAAUGGAGUAAGAGACACAGGAAGAGGAGCUGAGGAGAAGACAAGAGGAGCCACUCCCAGCUCAGUAAACACAUCCUCUAGCGAUGCUAAGAAAGCGUCUGUUCUUAGUCGCUACCCUCCAGCAGCUCACGACCAGAAGCCACUGAGGACAACUCACAAACAGACAGACGGGGAGGCUAAAAAGAGCAGAGUAGAAAAGUUCUCCAAAUUGUACGUAGGUAGUGAUAGCGAAUCAAACAACUCUGACGUAGUGCCUGAAAGUUCCAGUAACAUCAACAGUCUCGCUGCUUUAGAGAAGGACACGGCGUCCGCCUCAGAUCAGGAAUCAGCAGACCAGGUUCAGGAAUGUGUCUCUGUAUCUGUCGCCCCCACCCUGUCCAAGGCCAAUGGAUCCUACACAGCCUACAGAUCCAACAUCUCUCCACUGUUGGCCAACGACCAGGGUUCAGAAGGUCAUUCAUCUGCCUCCGAAACCGAAUCUACUGGAUCAAGGCCCUCUGAACCAGAGCCUGUGUCUGAGGCAGCUACUACAACUGUAAGCAGUAGGACUUCAACCUCCAGACACCCGAGAUACUCCCACGUCCAUGAUUCUCAUUCAGAGGGAUCUUCUACCAGGAGCUCGUUUGAUGAGGAGCUCCACAACAGGACACUGUUUGCUGACGGAGGCCACCAGGGGCCCACGCAUAUCCCAUCAGGGAUCGAGAUCCAGCGAGUGUGCAGCCCGCGUGAGGCGCUGAGGUCAAAAGCUGUCAUCAAGCCUGCAAUAGUGGAGAUCGACAGGAAGGAAAUGAUGAUUUCUGAACCUUUGUCCGCCAAUGGCAAACCCAAAAUCUCCACCAAACCAAUGGUGACCUCCACCAGUAAAAUGACCAGUAGUAUCACCAUCUACCCCAAUGACCCGAGCUCUUCCAGAACCAGCAGUCGCAGCAGCAGCGUGUCCAGUGAACCCAUCAGAGAACGCCACACCUCCACCAGUAAUAUCCUCAUAGGCCCCAGCAGCGAGCACCACGGCAGUAUCUCCGUCCCGUAUGAGAUCUCCAUUCCCAAGAGCGACAUCACCUUGCGGUCGUGCCAGGACCAGGACUGUGGGCUGGACGACAGCAGCGAUUCCUCUUUAAGGUCCAAACUACACCCUAACCCCAGAAUGGAGACCACCACCAGCCACCUGUGCUGCCAGCGCAGCAACUUCAGCCUCGGGUCCCCGGAAACCACCUCGGCAGACUUUAACGACACAGAGUCGGGCUUCGAAAGCAGCAGCAGCAGUAGCACCACCACGGUCACCAGCUGGAGACACCAAAGACAAACCCAGCACUCCCAAGAAGACAUUUUACCAGACAUGAAGAAUGUGACUAUGAGAAGCACCUGGAAGAACCGAGGCACCGCGUCCGUGGACGACACCGGCCGGGGACGAGGGGGUGCGAGGACGAUGACUGAGGGAGGGUCGGGGGACGAGGCAGAGUCCGCAACAACAUGGAGGGCUUACCGGGCCACUACCUUUGAUACAGAAGAAAUGAUGAACAGCGGCGCUGGAGCUGGUGGGAAUGCUGAAGCACAGAAGGGAGCCAAGCCGUCCCCUGCAGAGGUGUACAUGCGUAGGAUCAACAGUGUGGUUACUAACACCAGAGAGGUCGAGGAUCCGCUCCGUCGAGCCAAACGCUCACAGUCUCCCUCUGUGGAGGGACGAGGCCUGGGGAGGACCGUCCCCCACGCACCUGUCACCUCUCAGUCCUGGGGCCGAUCCUACACACAACAACCACAGGCUGCUGAUAGCGUGGAGCCCACCCCCAUCCCCAACCCCAGCCACAGCCCGGCCUCCUGGAGGCGGCAGCUGCCCAGCAGCGACUCUCACCACCUGGGGAGCUCUUAUGACCGGACGUCUAAGACAGCAGGGGCCUCCUCGAGAGGGGAUCUGUGGUCCAGUCGGGGUCAAGGGUCAGGGGCCAGAGGCGACGGGAGGAGUGGAGCCGGGAGCAGACCGUGGAGCCAUCGCCAGUCUGAGCAUCAUUAGAUCAGCUUCGUCUGAGCAGCACAUCUACAGCAAGAAAACAGCACUCCAUUAAGCUCUCAAUGGCACACGGAGAGCCAAACAUCAGUCUCCCAUCAACUAAUGGCUUCCACCGUCUCCAAAAGUCAACAUCCACAGCUUAUACAGCAAGAAAAGCAAAGAAAAAUAGCAGUCGCAGCCAUAUAGAACAACAAACCACAGAGCUGACAUCCUCACUCUGACCCUUAGUGUACGCUGAGACGUGAACAGCUCUUCCUAUCCGGAACCUUCCCUGUCCCAAAAGAGGCAUAAAUGGAAAAGACAGUGCCUGUACAGUGUUUUGGAGGUCGCCUCACCAGCCCAUGUAUCCUCUUCUGCUUCUCGUGUUGGAUGUAUUAUAGUGUAAUCCCGAAACUUGACAAGGGAGAGGCUGGCAUGCUGGGGACGGCUGGGGAUUUUCCUGCGUGCCAGAGAGGGUUUAAAGAGAGUUAGAGGAAGAAGGACUCAAACGUUGAGAAAGCCUUUCUCACAGGACCAUUAGUGACCUGGAUGGAGCUGGAUACACAUCAACUGAAAAACAAAAACCCAAUCUUCAGCCACCUGCAGUACCAAGAUGCAUCCUCAUCUCACAGGGCUUGAUCUUCACAAACUAAAGGAUCUUCAACCUUUUAAUGUGACCAAAAACAGGAAGCGAACCCGUCUGUGCUGAUUCGUAUCAUGAUAUUCACUUUUUCUUAUGUAUUUGCUUUGACAACCGUUUUCUUAUUUUAUUUUGUUUUGUCUUUUUUUUUUCAGAUUUUCUCACACAAAACCAUACAGACACAUGCACACUUUUAACUUUUGGUUUAUUUUUAACCCGUGUCACCACUUUGUGGCAUGCAGCCUCAAACUGGAUUUAAUUUGGGGUCUAAGAUGUUGAGCGAACAUUUGCAUGUUUCUAAGUAAUAAAAAUGAAGAGCACUUGAAAGAUUGUGACUCAGCAUGCACUCUGCUUAAAGGAUUGCUGGUUGGCUGCAUUUAAGGAACACACACAACACACACACACACACACACACACACACGCAUUAAACACAUACACAUACACAUUAGUUCUGACAAACCGGGACCUUAUUUAAGCCUUUUUUUGCCAUUUUCACCAGUUAUUUUGAUUCUUUGUAAUUCGCUUCCUGUUCUGCAUUAUCCUUUCCCUUUCUGCUCAACCAUAUCAAGACAAAAAAAAAAAUCGUAGUUUGCACGCAAUGAAAUGCAAUGCACAUGUAGAAAAAAAAGAGUAUUUGGGAGGGGGGAGGGGGAGCAUUGUUUAUAACCUCAAACCAUGCUACAAUUUCCAUGGUGCUUUGUUUUACAGCUGUUGCAACUGUCCUCAUUCAUGUAUUUUGAGAGAGCCAUAGCGAAAAUGGAGUUUCUGUUUUAACUGAACAGUGGACUUCGGAUUACCAGCAAACCCGGCCUGGCAAGGCAGACUUUUUUUCUUGUUUUGUUUCAGUGCUGCUGUAAAUACUGUGUAGAUGCCAGUCAUAGGAAGACUCCUAACUACAAGGAACUGAGCGUUCAGCUUGUUAUGUGACUGGGUUCGCCGUGCGAAUCGUCCCAGCUUAUCUCCAUUUCUUAUUUCUAUAGAGGUGUAUUAUUUUGUGACAUCGUAAAAUAUCAACUUGUGGUUGGUAUGUUGGAGCAAUUUCUCAUUGGAGGGUGCCGCUGCAGCAAUGGGGGUGCCAUAAAAACCAAUUAAAUAGUGGCCAGUAAUAAAAAUAAAAUGUUUUCAUUGAGCUUAAUGGUGCAUUUCUAUGACAGGAAACAUUGUAAAACUUUUAACAGGCUCCUGCUGGACUUUAAAUCUGACCCGUAAGAUUCACAGCAGUUCGACAGGCGAUGUAAACUUUGAUCCCACAACAAAAUGUAUGAAUGUCGCUCUCGAAUGCAGCUGAGAAUGACCAAUUGCUCGAUGGCUUCGAUCCAACACGCCUGCGUUCUUUAUCUGACAAGAUCAUGUAAGCAUAACUGUGACAACAUGGGACACAUGAAAUCUGUUGAAGAACUUUUGGGCUUUUAAAGCUCCAUCUGGUUCCUCUGCUGUUGUGGAUUUCAGUGCUGUGUUGAGCCAGACCCUGCUGGGAACGGCCAGUUUCAGUCUCAGUGCAUUUCUCCUGUAUCCUACCAGCCCACCAUCUAGCUGUAAUAUUUAUUAGCCUCCAUAUAUGUACAGUUCUUUUAUUGUGAAAAGGUCUGCCCAGUCUGUCGCCGCUUUGUCACUUUACUGUUUAUGCAAGCAGGAGAUUAUAUGCAAUCAAUAAACAGUCGCCCCCAUAAAAUGUCUGUAACCAUAUCAGUCAUCAUGCUGUAAAUGCAAAUCAGUCAUAACUCCUUUUGUUUACUAUCAGAAUGCACAUUUUCAUUCUUUUACUUUUUGCUAUAAAUACCUGUUCAUCUGUGCCUUGAGAAACAUUGAGAGGUCGACUGUCCCAACAAAUUCAGACUAACACCGUAUUCUUACUGCAUAUAAAUGACAUGCAAUACUGAUUGUGAGGGGUUUUUUUAAACUUUAUAUCUUUUCCUUUUAAAGGAUCGUUGUAUGGAACAUCGUAAAAGUAUUUUGGUUGAAGCUUAAGAAGAGCUCCUCCGAGGGAACUCCUCCCUGACGGAUGUCAAAGUAAGGUUCCCUGAGAAAAAGCUAUUUUUUUCCCCCGGUUCGACUUCAAAGCACCCUUUAAAAGAAUAUAGACCGCACCGCCCAAAAAGCUAUGUCCUUUGGAUUUGUCUGUCAGAGUCGCAGGGUGCAGCGCGGCCUCAGAAAGGAUUUCCAUGUGGCCUCUUCAUGGCCACUGCUGGCUUUAUGAUAGAGCAAAACCAGACCAGACAUACUGCUCUUAGUGCACAUGCCAAGAUUUGAUGAUCAUAUGGACUUUCUGAGCUUUCUCUUUUAUUAUUCCUACUACAACUCUUCUCAUGUACCAACAGGGAAUGUUGUACAUCUCUCACCUUCCCAACUGAUCCCAACUCCCCUCUCUUCCUCUGUUUCUUCCUUGGAUUCUCAUUUCCUAAAGGGAAAUCUUAGUCCUAAGCAGCGGUGAUGUGUGUUGUUGGUUCAGAGAGUUGUUUUAUUGAAGUUCCUGUCACCAGUCUGUGAUGGGCAGCUCCCUGGGUAGCCGAAAGGUCAGAGGUCAGGGCUGCAUCUAAUCCCGUCUCUACGUCUUGACUCAGGGCUUCUAAAUACAGGAGAGAGGAAGAGCGGCAGCUUGGCAGGGAUGUCCACUUUAGGGAUAAUUAAAACAGGCCGAGGUAUCGAAUGUCCAGAGCUGCCAGACAUCCACGUGGUGUGUGUGUGUGUGUUGUUAUUAAUAUGUCAGCGAGGGCUCACGUUUUAAAGCUGGACAUGGUGGACUUGUGUUUUGUAAGCUGCAGUAAGAAGGUGCUGACUGACAAAUGUGCACGUGUGUUCGGAGAUUGUUUUUUCCUGUUCGAGGCUGACAUCACUGUGGGUCAGGAUUACUGUAUAAAGCAACUCAGUGAUGCAAGUGCUAACAGGAAUGCCCUCCUCAACCCCUUACUGCCCCACCUGUCUCCCUCCGCCCAAUAAAGAAUCUUCUACCAUGCAGACAAUCCUCCAGUUUCACCCGUCCUGACUGCAUACUGUGCGACAUCUAUCAUUCACCUUUUUCACUUUCUGCAACCUUCAACCUCUCUUACCUUCUGCUCUUAAACCUGUCUCUCCUUUUCCCCUUCACCCUGAACACAGCAUUUGAGUCUGGGGUCCCGGGAAGAGCCCAGCUGUCGGAAACUGUAGGUUUUAUGACGAGUCGGAGGGGUUUCCCUCCUGGAGACCGGCUUCAAAGACAGCAGGGCUUUUUAAAGGGCAAAGUUGAAACCCCAUCCUCCACCAUGCACCAUGCCUUUCUUCCUUACAAGGCCCAAACGUACACUAACCGUACAGACCGUACAGCCACUGAAACCUAGCUGGACUCUGUGUGCCACGAUGAAGACCAUUGAAGAAACGGGUCACCCCCAAAAUCCAAACUACAUGUUUCUCCUCUUACCUGGUGAGCUAUUAAUCAGUCUCCAUUGUUUUGGUGAAUGUUGGAGAUGUCUGCCUUCUCCUGAACAUAAUAACACUAGAUGGCACUGUGUUUAAGGUGCUAAAAGCGUCAAAAAAAAACAUUUGAAAAACUCAACAGCAGUGUCUCUUUCCAGAAAUCAUGAAGUGGUUAAUCUAUGGAACUAGAAAGAAAAUAGUUCCUGUGUCAAGUUGCUCACAAAAAGGUUUGUGGAUUUCUUGAGUAACCAGGUCAUCAUUUCUGGAAAUAUUGCCAUGCAUUGCUAGUAUGUAUUUUGAAUUUUGGGGUGAACUGUCCCUUUAAGAGUCUACCUGUAUGGGUUUUGGGCUAGCAAUGUUCUAGGUCUUCAUUGCUUGCAGUGAGAGCCUGUCUAGUGUUGACGUGGUGGAAUGCACUGACUGGUCAUCUGGGACUCAAGUGAAGACUUUACAGGUUUCUAGACUUCUAUGGCUUUUGUGGCGCCAUAAAGAAACAGCCGGGGGCUGUUUUUAGAGGUUUUGCAGAACAUUUAUCGAAUGAGCGAAUCGGAAUGACAGCUGCCGCUGGAGCAGAAUAUUUAGGACACGGCUGCGACGGUUAAACAGGGGAGAAAAGAGUGUCUGCUUCCUGUUUCCCUGCUCAAAUACCAACGAAAGAGUUAACAGAAAUCCUCUUAAGCUCUGGUAGUGUAUGUAUAAACAUCCGUUAUUUACAAGUCAUUGUUUUUUCCCCUUUUUAUAAAGUAGACUAGAAUGUACUUAGUGGAGAUUGGAGUGGCGAGGCAGAAAUGGCUCCUGGGCAGCGAGCGGGGCCUUGUCCUCAAAGGCCUCCAUUGUGAAGCCAGGGUCAUGGUGUCACUGGGUGGCGUAGGCUGUAAUCUGCACUUAACCAGCACUUAACUUUAAGACCUCAAACGACUAAUUCUCCCUUAGUCCCCUUUGUCAAAAAGUUUCCUCUUUUGUGUCCCAGAUUUGUACUUUAACUCUGUUUCAGUCGCUGUUUGCUGAAUGUACCACAGUCGGAGACGUUAUGUGUUUUUGCACCAGCCAAAUUAGAGUAUUUAAGAGUCAUCUCAUCAGUUAAAGAAAGGAAAUUGGCGUGCACUCAGUGAUUGAAUAUUUCUUCGAGGUAUGGCACCCUGUUACGCCUGCAUCUCAGCCUUCUAACUCUGUGCCAAAAUCAUUCCACAGUAUUUCCAGUUUACAGUUAGAGACAGUGCCAACGCUUCCCCAGAUGCUCACCCUGUCUCUAAGAUACUGAAAUUAGGGGAAAUGUUCAAUUUGAGGGUUUUCUUUCUUUUUUCUUUUUUUUUGGUUUUCUGCUUAAAUGUGUUUUUAUUUCUUUGUUAAACAAAAGAUGUCUUAUUUUGGAAGCUAUAUCGGAUAGAUUUUAUUUAAGGAAACUCUUGUAAUUUUGUAAAGUGGGCCUUAUUAUUGAAAUAUAUUAAGUAUUUGUCCAUCUUGAUUUUAAGAAUGAUAUUUUUUGCGAGAUAAUGUAUCUUCCUCAUUGUUAUUACACUCCUGGAGAGUACUUCUUCCUGUAUUUUUGUGUUUUUUGUUAUUUUAAUGCAAGACAUUUCUCACGACCUGGAGACACGAUGGCACAACACGGAUCAGAGAAAGAGGGAGAGAGAGAAAGAGAGGAGCCAGGGUUGUGUCAUAGUCAUUGAAGAAUGAGAGCUAUGUGCAUUUUAUCAGAGCUGAGCAGGUUUUCGCGGCGCUGAGUGGUUCACCAUGUGUCGUCCCGUUCUUAUCGGGGACCGUUCAGUGCUCGCUGCUCUGUUCUCCGUCGCUCUUAAAUUCAGGGUUCGUACAUCUUCUGUGCUGUAUGUUUGUAAGUGCUGCCAAAGAAAGAAGCGUGCAGGCCCCAGACACACACACACACACACACACAUACACACACACAUGUAUAUAUAUAAACACACAUAAAUAAUCAUAGGAAUAAAAAAAACAACAUAAAACUGGAUGUCAUCUCUCCUACAUGCAUACAUGCACAGAUAAACUAAUUUCAGGCCUGUACAAUCAACUUGUUUUUUUUAUUUCUGAGUGUUUCUGAGUUCAUUUUGUGUGCAGAAGAAGGAGACUGACAGACAGAGGUGUCAAACACAAAACUGUGUGUAAUGAAAUCAGAUCAAAAGGGUUUUAUGAUUUAUUAUUGCUUCUCAGUGUGUCAGCGAGGACUGUGUGGGGAGGCUUUCUUUUUUUUCUGUUUUAGACUUAAUCCAUUGUGCAUGUUUUAACCUUACUGUGGCUGGCGCACUCUGCAUGUAGGUCUCUUGAAGCUGCCAACUGUACAGCAGACCAUAUGUAUUCCAAUAAAAAUAAAAACCAACCUGUUUGUAA